CUGUUUGCUCUUUUGAGAAAUGGAUUUCAGUGCAGAAUUCUGCUGGAGCAGCACUAUUUACUGAUUCAUUUUGAAAAAAUGUUUUCCCAUGACAGUAUCCCAUUUUCUUUUUCUAGUUUGUAUGUUUUACUCCUAAAUUGCCAACGAUGGAACCCAGCGUUUCCGUAUAGUAGGACCUAUAAUUAUACGACUGCUCCGGGGACCGGAUUAGAACCUCCGAAGGUCAGAAUGGUUUUCUUUGUCAGAAGAAUGAGAGAAGCAGUAAAUUGUAACAGCCAAUGCAAUUACUGAUCACUAAUUAAUGAGGCAAAGGCACAUCAGCCACAGUGAUAUCUGGAAAGAGUUUUAGUAGAAAAACCCAGGUUUGUGUUUCUGGCACAAAUAUGCCUGAAAACGAGGCAAGCUUGAGACAAGCUAAGACGCCUUUUAUACAUUUUUGGUGCACCCCUUGCCUCCAUCCUUAGUCUUCAUUUAGAGGCAAAGAGAUGACCUGGAGCAGGAGGAGAAGUAAGAGGGGUAAGUUACUGCCUCCAUGAUCCCUCCAUACAGUGACUGUAGAGCUGAAAUAUUCACACCCACUAAAAAUAUCCCUUUCAGCAAAUGGGAUCCACCAGUUACAACAUUAUCCAGCCUUUCCCAAUUGCCCAAUAUACCAACCACAUGAGGCUGAUGUUCUCAUACAAAGACCCCACGUUGGGGCAGGGUCUGGGAAGUGUUGCUCUAGAUUAGCAGCAGUUCAGUGGUCUAUUGAGAUACCCUCCUCCUCUGCAACGCCUGCAAUUCCAAGCUCUUUCUCAUACAUUCCAUGUUAAGCCUAUAAGCCCUGAGUUUGCGAAGCUUUCACAUUCAAGAGGCUUCUUCACAUUUAUCAUUUAAUGAAUUUGCUGCUAUUUUUACUCUGUAGCUUUUUAUAGACGUGAUGGAGGCUAUUUUGUGUUCUUGCUUUAUGGGUUGACUUAAUAGAAAUAGUGGAAUUAUCUAUUAUUCUGCCGUCAAGAUACCAGCAUCUAUAUAUAUAUAUAUAUAUAUACAGUAUAUAUUUCCUGGUUUGUGGUGCCUGUUUAAGUUCUGCAUGUUACAGUGUUAGUGCCAGACAGUUCUGACACAAAGAUAAAUACUUUAAUGUUUAUCCCUCUAUAAUUUACCAAACAGACACUUAAUCAUAUGGGUAAACGUAUCUAGGAACCAGACUACCCAACAUCUCGUUCCUACCAGCAACAUUGUUUCCAUUCGAGAGUAUUAGUGAGGUUGGGCACUGAUGGUGGGGGUCAGACCUGGCUCACAGUAGGGGGUUCCCACUCAUCCCACAGGGGUUCAGUUGGGUUGAGGUCAGGGCUCUGUGCAGGACAGUCAAGUUCUUCCACUCACAUCUCUGCAAGCUCAUCCUGUAGGAACCUGUUUUCAUGUACAAAUGAAUAACAUGAACUACUUUCUAUAGACACCAACUUAUACUUGGUAUAUCUUUCUAGAGUCACCAACUUACACCCAGGACUCCUCUCACUAAGCACCAAUGCUUGGUAUGACUCUUCUCGCCUACCAAUAUAACUCCAGGGACACCUCCCUAUGAACACCAGCUUAUACUUGGCAUUCCUCUCUAGUGCCACCAACAUACACCAGGGACUCCUUUCUAUAGACACCAGCUUUUACUUCAUAUGCCUCUCUAGAGCCACAAACUUACACCAGGGGUUCCUCUCUAUAGACCCCCAACUUAUACUUGCCAUUCCUCUCUAGCACCACCAACUUACACCAGGGGCUCCUCUCCAUAGCCCCCCCAACAUAUACUUGGCAUUCCUCUCUAGAGCUACCAACUUACACCAGGGGCUCCUCUCCAUAGCCCCCCCAACAUAUACUUGGCUAUUCCUCUCUAGAGCUACCAACUUACACCAGGGCUUCUCUCCAUAGACCCCAACAUAUACUUGGCAUUCCUCUCUAGUGCCACCAACUUACACCAGGGACUCCUCUCUAUAGACACCAGCUUAUACUUGGCAUUCCUCUCUAGUGCCACCAACUUACAGCCAGGACUCCUCCCCAAAAACCCAUUUAUACUUGGCAUGGCUCUUUUCACCUACCAAUAUAUCUCCAGGGACUCCUCUCUAUAGACCCCAACUUAUACUUGGCAUGCCUCUCUAGAGCCACCCAGGUACACCUGGGACACCUCUCUUUCCAGAUGCCAUCAUACAUGUGGAAUGUAGAGUCACUAUCUUUUCUUAGUCUAGUGUUUUUUCAUUUUAAAAAAGAGAAUCUUCUCUCCAGACACAAGGAUAAACUAUGGAGGCCUCUCUUCAUCGUCUGUGAUUAUAGGAGGUGUCUGAUGCGUCUCCUUCUCAUCAUGCUCCAUAGCUUGAGGCUUCCUGCUCGGCUGCAGUCCAUGUGAUUCCCUUGUGCUUUCAUUCCAAUGACACAGAAUUAAUUGUUUAUUAAAGCCACCCCCCUAUGUUCAUGCUAAAACCCCAGUCCUCCCACUCCCAUCAUUCACAGUGCUACCCCCCACCAUGGACGUAAAGAGAAGUUUCUAUCGCUACUUCUGCUGCUGCUGCAGUGAGGAACAGCCAGAGAAAAAGCCACUGAUCAGUGACACUUUACUCUAUUUUGACCGGGAAGUGAAGCGCAGACGAGCCGAAGAGGCCAAUCUUUGGAAUGAGCCCCAGGACGUGUCGCACACGGAGAGGGAUGAUGAUCGUGACCUGUACAAUCUGCUACAGAAACGGGCAAAGACUCGCCGGGGGUCAGAGGGUUACCGAAGGCUGAGUUUUGACAUCAGUGCCCACCGACAGGUACGCAAGGAUGUGAAGGACCGAUGGAGGGUGCUGCUUGAAAACCUGGGAUUCAGGAAUGAAGCCGAUUCCCUCCUCACUGUCACCUCCAACACUUCCUACAAGAGCCUACGAAAUCCAGCCGAGGCACGGCACCUGCUCAGCUUACUAGCCCAGGAGACCAGCAUCUUUGAGCAGCAGAACACCCCGCCCGAGAGAUAUCUCUUUGUUCUGGACCGUCUCAUAGUCCUUGAUAUGGGGACAGAGUUUGUGUCUAUCGCAAGGCGUUUUUAUCCCCCCGAGAUGGAAGAGACCAGCGAAAAGGACACAGUAGAACCCGGUACUGCUGUCCUAGUCAGUCCUUGUGCCGAAGAACCUGGAGAUGGUGGUGAGAAAGAGGAGUCAUCUGUAGAAGUGGACGAAGACAGCUUCAUGGUGAAUCUUCUGGAAUAACAACACACAGACCUUCCUGAACAUAUUUCUUCUUGGAACCCUAGUUCAUCCACAGUAUUAUUCCCGUUCUAGUUCCUUGUCUCAGUUGGCUUUGUUUCUACCCAAACAUCACCAUGUCCUUUCAAUCCUGUGCCCAGUCCAUUGACUCUUCUCUCCUUGAAUGCCUGCACCCAACCUCCUGCUUACAUACAACCAUCUUGUGUCUAAUACAAUCAUUUUGGGUUUAGGUCCAUCAUGUUUACAUGGUCAAAAACUAGGGAGCAUGGUGGCAUUUCUGUUUGUGAUGACUAUCAAUAGGCAACUCCCAACUGGAGCAAUAGCAUCAUAUUCUUAUAUAUAUUGCUUAGUUGAUUUUUGGGGAGACUAAGCCUCCCUAAACCCUUCCUAGUCUCUUUGUAUCGUCUUAACAUUAAGUCUCCUGUAGUUCCAAGAAUAUCCAGGACAGUAAAUAAGUGCUCAUGCUCAAUUGUCAUGCAAAUGUAUCAAUAGUCUGCCCCCUUCUGUUCACCUACAUUGGUUCUUGCUUAAUAGGCCGACCCCACAGUUUCACAGCCAUUAGUCUAUUUUCUACACUCCAGUCCUCUAGUUUGUGCCUGAAUGGAUUGUAGUUCAGAAAAUAUAGAGUAACCAGAGGAGGUCAUGGUCUUUCCAUCUGUGGAGACCUAUAGGUCAAACUGCCCUUUAUUUGAUCAAAAAGGGGGAGUUCCAGAAUGUUCUUCCUUAAGUCAGUUUUUCCAAGUGUCCUGUCCACGGGAGAUUGGCCCAUAGGUUUUUCGGGGAUACCCAACACAAUGAACCCCAUGGCUCAGCCAAUAGAGCUGACACUAAGGUCAAGCAAAUUCUCUUUGAAUUCAAAUAUACACAAUUGUAUUAAUAUCUUAACUAAUUAAAAAAUAAAUACCCUCAUCUACACUGUGACUAAGCAGCAUAUUUACUGGACAUGGGGAAAUUCCACCAAAUCUAAAACGUGUGCAUAUGAUCAAUAAACAAAUCUGAAAUUGA